AUGGCCAGCGUCUCGGGGGCAUGUUCUAUCGACAACCUCAGUGGCAUGGUCAGUGUCCGGGAAGACGUGACCCCUUCCACCCUUGAAUGGAAGCUGAUUGACCAGAAGAAGGUCGUCACCGUGCCCCUCAACUCGCUCACGGGGCUUAAGGCGCUGAAGGAGACGGUGGCGGCGAUGAAGGUCAGGGUGUACUACGACGACAACGGCGAGAACAAGCUGGUCACGUUGUCCUUCUCCAACCGACCCAUCAUGAAUAACAUCAAGGAAGCGCUUCAGGUGGUGGUGAACAGGUUAAAGACGGUGGUCACCGAAGGCAGCGCCACUCCCGCUCCCGGUGACACCUCGAGAGGAACUACACCGAUGCCAUCAGCAAGCCCAGCGGUGGACUCGUUAUCAGACACCUCUCUCCUCAAGAACUUUGAUCUUCAGCAGAAACUUCUCCAGGAAGAUCGAGAUCUCCGCAAUAUCUUCACCAACUCGGUUCUUAAGGGUAAACUUCCUCCCAAAGUGUUUUGGCUGACUCGAGUUAACUUGUUACGAACCUAUGCCUUGACGGUAUCUCAACAUCGGGGCCCUUAUAACGUGUUGUCGACAAUCAAGCCAGUAGCGACGUCUGACAAUAAAGUCAAUGUCAACGUCACACGUGAGACUAUUAAUGAGAUUUUCGAUACCUACCCUGUGGUGAAACGAGCUUUUGAAGAUUUGGUGCCGCAAAAGUUCAGUGAAGGGGAGUUCUGGCUGCGGUUCUUCAACCUGAAGCUUUUCCGGCGGUUGCGGGGGGACAAAAUCAAUACCACCAACAAUCGUGGUGAUGCCGUGCUUGACAAGUACUUAUUCUUGAAGACUGAAGAUGCCCUGGAGGCAUCGGAUCAACAGGUAGCCACUAGCCGGUUCAUUGACAUCCAGGCUAACGUCGACGAUAACUCGCAAAAACUCGGUAACGCCCCUGACAUGACGAUGAAGUUUGAAGAGGAACUCUCCGGUGAACAGCAACAACGUCAGCAGAAUAACGGCCGCGAAAACGAAAUGAUUUUGUUGAUGAAGAAUAUGAAUAAGUUGCUGGGGAAGAUGGUGAAGAUGGUGAGAGAAAAGCUGCCAGGUUCGCAACCACUGGCGCUGGAUAAGCCCGGUGCACCGGAUGACUUGUCGAAACGUGAGGAAGUCGAGUACAUUGAUGAACUCGACUUGCAUGACUUGAACGACUACGUCCCACAACAGUAUAUCAAGCUCAAUAUCCACUCCAACCGCCAACGAUGGCAACGGGUUGACGACCACGGUACUACUGGAGGUCCUGAAAUUGAUGAUGCUACCAUCUCUAGCUAUCUUGAUCGCAAUAUGUUCCAACCGGGUACACUUGAUUUGCGUAGCACCUACGAGGGUCGCGAAAAGGAGAUCGAAUUGACUAAUCAUGGCAUCAAUGCCUUGGUAAAGCAAAACCAUCGUGUGUUUCGACUGCUACUCCGGGAACGAGCCGCAGUGCUGGCGGAUGCCACCAACAUCGUCCCCCUGGACGUUAUUCAGGAUAUCAUCACUUUCAACAUCACUGUUGUCGAGCUUCUUCUGCAUUUCUGGAAAAUCUUUUUACAUGGCGACCAGCCCACGCAACUUAAAGAGCUUUAUAAACUGCUCAAACAGCUGAGAGAAGAAAUCGAGCCAUUCAAAGCCCAGGCGGUGGCUAAGUUCAAGCAAGUGGAACUUAUCAAGGACAAUCAAAAGUUACAGGACAAAAUGGCUCAGGAUUUGGAAUUGUGUCUUGAACCGGUGGUCACUGGACUUGACGCCGCUAUGGACGAAUACAAGAAGGCCGUAGAAGCAUACCGGGCGUCUUUAGGGAAGGGGCAAGAUCUGGCAGAUACACCUAACGCUAAUGGAAAACGACCCAUGGUCGAUCUGUAA